ACUGAAAUGCAAGUUCAAACGAAGAAGGAGAAGGAGGUCAAAGAGAAAAGAGAAAGUCAGCAUGUUGUCUGCAUUCAUUGGUCCUUUCAAGUAUUUGAGCACUGGGACCACAAGCACAGAAGAUGAAGACACUUUAAGUACCAGCAGUGUAGAAGUGAAGGAGAAUCGGGACAUUGGAAACCUAGAGGACUGUGCCAUUGGACCCAGGCACCGCCAGUCAUUAUUUCGCCCAGACAUCCCCAGAGGCGGGACUUCCUGUCUGAAAAGGAAGCGGCCGCUGGAGGAAGGAAACGGCAGCCCAGUAUGUACGGUCUACAAGAAGCUCUCCUGGUCCGUUGCACCAAAGAACGCCCUCGUACAGUUGAACGAGCUGAAACCCGGCCUGCAGUACAAAAUGGUUUCCCAGACGGGACCCGUGCAUGCCCCUCUGUUUGCCAUCAGGGUGGAGGUGAACGGACUCGCGUUCGAGGGCACGGGCCCCACAAAGAAGAAGGCCAAGAUGAGGGCGGCAGAGCUUGCCCUGAAGUCCUUCAUCCAGUUCCCCAACGCCUCCCAGGCCCACCUCUCCAUGGGGAGCCUGGGAGAUCCUGCCACCGACUUCACCUCCGACCAGGCCGACUUCCCCGACACCCUCUUCAAAGGGUUCGAGCCCCUGGCAUGCGGCGAUGGCUUCCCUCGCUGGCACGGCAGGGUGGCCUGCCACACACUGGACCUGAGGCAGGUCCAGGCCAUUUCGAACCAGCAGGGGGCGCCGUCCUGCCCGGAGGGCGGGAAAAGCCCGGUGGCGCUGCUGAACGAGCUCCGGCCAGGCCUGAGGUACGCCUGCCUCGCGGAUGGCACCGGGAGCGGGCGGGUCAGGAGCUUCGUGAUGGCAGUGAGGGUUGAUGGGAGGAUAUUCGAGGGGUGUGGGCGCAGCAAGAAGCUGGCAAAGACCCAGGCUGCACAGGCGGCUUUGCAGGCCCUGUUUGGCAUUGGGCUGGGGCCAGAGAGGAGAGGCAUGCACACGGCCAGCAGGACCAAGGGCCCACAUUUACCACAGGACUUUGCAGGUUCAGUAUUCCGCUUGGUGACAGAGAAAUACCAGGAGCUGGCAGACAGCUGCUCUCCCUUGCAUGCGCGUCACAAAGUCUUGGCAGGAAUCGUAAUGACCAGAGGUUUGGACAUCAGACAAGCUCAGGUGGUGGCACUAUCGACUGGUACAAAAUGCAUCAACGGUGAAUACAUCAGUGACCAGGGACUCGUUGUCAAUGACAGUCAUGCAGAAAUAAUCGCUCGGAGGGCGUUAGUGCGUUACCUGUACUCUCAACUGGAGCUGUUUCUGAGCAAGCGACCAGAGGACUGGGAGAGAUCCAUCUUUGUCCGGCGCAAGGAAGGGGCAGGGUACAGGCUAAGGGACAACGUCCUGUUCCAUAUGUACAUCAGCACAUCGCCCUGUGGAGACGCCCGCCUCAACUGCCCCUACGAACACCCGUCUGACUUGCGCCCGAACCAGCGCCUCGCCAAGAGGUUCCACGGCCACCUGCGGGCGAAGAUCGAGUCCGGGGAGGGCACCCUGCGGGUGCGCGCCCGCGGGACCGCCCAAAUGUGGGACGCGGUGCUGCAGGGGGAGCAGCUCGUCACCAUGUCCUGCACGGACAAAAUCGCCAGAUGGAAUGUUCUCGGUGUCCAGGGUUCUCUCCUCACCCACUUCCUGGAGCCCGUUUACCUGUCCAGCCUGACGAUCGGCAGCCUCGGCCACACCGGUCACCUGGCCAGGACGGUGACGCGUCGGCUGGAGGGAGUCGGCCACCUGCCGGCGCCCUACAGGCGGAACCGACCCCUCCUCAGCUGUCUCAGCGGCAGCGACAGCCGGCAGGCGGGGAAGUCCCCGAGCUUCGGCGUCAACUGGACCGCGGGCGACGGCGGGCUGGAGGUCCUCAACGCCGCCACGGGGCGGAGGAAGGACUCUGGGGGGUCAUCACGGCUCUGCAAGCGCGCCCUCUUCGCCCGCUGGGUGAGAAUCUACCACAAGGUGAGCCUCGGUGUGAGAGCGCCAAGCCUCAUGGAGAUGCCGCCGAUGUACUGCGAGGCCAAGCUGGCGGCGGGAACCUACCAAAGCGUGAAGCAGCAAUUGGUCAGAUCGCUGCAGGAGGCGGGGCUGGGGACCUGGGUGAAGAAGCCGCCCGAGCAGGAGCAGUUCCUGCUGUGUGUGUGA